ACCAAGUUUCCUUUCUUAGAGUUAAGAUAUGCAUGAGUGUAUAGAAUGAAAUUGGGUCUUAUGCUUGUGAAAGCCAUGGAAUACAUUUCUGAAUUCCACCCUAAUUCAUUGUAAUUGAAAAUUAUGUUCCAUUAUGCCAUUGUUUAGAGGCAACAGAAGCAACUCAGAGGGGUGGAGAGCCUAUCUCGCAUAUAUUUCAGAAGGAAUCGGAAAGUCACAGGACUGGGAGAUGGUCAUGAAGUACCAGAAGAAGAAUGGGUCCUUGUUUAACUCACCAUCAACUACUGCUGCUGCUUUUACUCACCUCAACAAUGCUGGUUGUCUUAGUUAUCUACGCUCACUCAUAGAAAAGUUUGGAAGUGCAGUUCCAAUGAUUUAUCCUCUAGAUAACUAUGCUCGCCUUUCUAUGGUUUCUAGUCUUGAAAGUAUGGGUGUUGAUUGACAUUUCAGGGAGGAAAUAAGGAGUGUACUUGAUGAAACAUACAGGUAUCAAAUCCGACACCAUAUGUAGAACCAGUAGUGGAAUGUAACUUUCAUGAAACUGGAUUCCACAUUAUUAUUAUUAUUUUAUUAUUCUCAAGUGAGAUUGUAUUAGUUCUCAUCCAUGGGGAAGCAUGACAUUACCCAACAAACAGAUGCUGGCUGCAGGGGGAUGAAGAUAUAUUUUCAGAUGCUGGCAUCUGUGCCAUUGGCUGUUUAAUGCAGAAACAAGGGAAUAUUAUUUGUUGCUAUUGAUUAUAACAGGCCUCUUUCGGAUUAAGGCCCUUUUGACAUUGUGUUGCAU